GGCGAUUUAGGAUAAAUAGAUGGAAAAGUUCUCAACAACUAUAUUAUAAGCUGGAAGUGAGGAGAGAAGAUCACAGAUGAGCACCACCAUGAAAAUCAUGUCUUUUGCUAUGCUACUUAUUCUCACGUUUUCUAUUUAUGUUGAAGGAUCCGACAAUUCGUUGUGCUGCAACACACAUGCGAAAUUUGGAGCGUGCAAAACACAACAAGAAAGAAAGAGAUGCAAGACUUGGUGUCUUAAAGGAUGUAAGAACAAGAAAGGCGGUUUUUGCAAACGUCUUCCGCGUGGAGCAGCACGAUGCCAUUGUUACUGCUAAAACAUAUGCUUUUGCGUUUGCAUAGAUUGCGAUACAUAUUAAUUAGUUUUAAAUCUUAAAUUGGAUAUGAAUAUGAUCUAUGUACCUUUUUCUUUUCUUUUUUGCUAAAUUGUAUAUAUCAUAUUGAUGA